UCAAGGCCUCAAUGAGCGCUCCAGCAGUGGCCGCCCCAGCCUUCCCAAAGUUGUGUGAAGAUGGUGCCCAACUGCGGCUGCUGUCUCUGCCCACCCAGGAGAUGUGAGCAUCUUCUACAAUCAUGAUGACGCCAACGGGGUCAGUCAAAGGAACCGGAGCAGUCGACUCCAUAAAGAGCACUCAAGUCAGGCAGCCAAGUCAGAGAACGGUCUCCAGGAGAGCGUCACAGUCCGUGGGUCCAACUCAGAGCUUUUUCAUGAGGGAGUCCAAGACUCUGGGGGCUGUGCAGAUCAUGAAUGGCCUGAUACAUCUCGGUCUCGGUGGGAUUUUGAUGGUCCCUUUGGGCGUAUAUGCUCCCAUUUGUAUUACCAUCUGGUAUCCUCUUUGGGGAGGCAUUAUGUUCAUUAUCUCAGGGUCUCUCCUGGUGGCAGCUGAGAAGUCUCCUUCUAAUGUUCUGGCCAAAGCCAAGAUAGGAAUGAACGUCAUUAGUCUGUUCAGCGCAAUUACCGGGAUUAUUAUUCUGAUCAUGGACGUAUUUAAUAUCACCAUCUCCCAUUUUUUCAAAAUGGAGAGCCUGUACCUUGCUAAGACUUCCAUGCCGUACAUCAACAUAUACAGCUGUGAGCACAGCGGGGCUUCUCAGCAGUACUGCCUUGGCAUGCGGGCUGCCUUCUUGGGCAUUUUAUCAGUGAUGCUGACCUUUACCUUCCUUCAGAACUUUGUUGUGGCCGGCGUCACCGAGAAUGAAUGGAGGAGUCUGUGCUCAACGGCUAGAACGGUUGACAAAAGACAUGGAUCUCUGAUUCACCGAGGUCUGGUGUCAUUUAACCCACAAGCAGCAGACAAGAUGGAGCAAGCUGUCCGGGUCAACAGCCUUCCCUCCCAACACAGUGAAAACGAGGCCGAAACCCUGCCAACCCUGACGGCCCAGGAAGAAGAUACAGAAAUAGGCUUCCCAGAACCCCCCCAGUAAAGACGACAUCAACGCCCUCGAUUCGGGUUUAGCGUCGGAGCUUGCUAACGGGGAGACACUUCUCCUCAUCCCUCUCCUUUCUCCCUCCCGUCUGCCUCUGAGAAGCGGCGGGACUGAGCCACCGAGCCUUUUCUCAGUAGCGGACGGAGCGGUGCCUGCCCCAAAUCAA